AUGGACCAAGAACCCUGUGAAGAGCCCAGUCCUGCGAGCGACAUGUCCUCGGCAGCGCAUGCCGCUCUGGACGACGGCCGGCUUCCCCACAUCGCUACCCCAAAGGACGUGACUGGGACUGUUUCGCCAACGGCCUCAACAAUCGCGUCGUCUCCAGUGGUUGCCCGAGACGCCAAGGAGGUGCAUGAAGAACCCCCGUGCAAGAAGCAAAGGCUAGAUGCCGAAGAAGUUACAGUCGACUCUCUUCUUUCCAUGUCAAAUCCUCUGACGCGUCCCUUGCCUUCGGAGCAGAACGUUGCUAUGCCGACGACAGGAACGAUUCCACCUCCCCCCCUCGACAAUGCAUUGCAAGCUACAGCACAACCCAUCACGCGCACCAUGCCAAUCCCUUCCCCGGCGGACAUAUCCCCCACACCGCACAGUCCCGUGGCAAUAGUCGACAAGCCACCCCAAAGCGCAUCUCUGUCUCCCAUGCUGCAGCCCCACUCCGUCGUUUCCACAGACCUCACCGAGCACAUCGCGGCGUCGACAUCUUCCUAUUCGUCGUCAGAGUUGCCUUGUGACACGUCAACGAACGAAGUCGCGUCGGUCGUCGUUGCACCUUUGCCAUCCAUAUUCGACACCUGCGACGUACUUCCAUCUACAACCCCGUUCAUCCCUUCAUUUGCGCCGAAGGACACGGAUAGUCGUACAUUGUCUGCUCCAUCGAUCCUCGAUCCAGCAUGUCAUCCGACUUCACCUCCGCCACCACCCACAACCACAGUCGACACGGAAUUGCCGGCACUUGGCGCUACAAUCGACGUGUCUCCAUCUUCACAAGCCCCGUGCGUGGGGGUAGAUACAUCGCUGACUGUUCCAGCUGGCGCCACUGCGUUUGUCUCUUUGGCGCCAGGACCACCUGCAUCCGAUCCAUCUGCGACUUCCAUGCAACAUGACACUCUUGACGGUGGUGCCAUGACGUUACCGCACCCGAAAUUGGCGUUGCUGCACCCAAAAUUGGCGUUGCUGAACCCGAAAUUGGCAUUGCUGCACCCGAAAUUGGCAUUGCUGCACCCGAAAUUGACGUUACCGCACCCAAAAUUGACAUUGCUGCACCCAAAAUUGGCGUUACUGAACCCGAAAUUGGCAUUGCUGCACCCGAAAUUGGCGUUGCUGAACCCAAAAGUGACGUUACCGCACCCAAAAUUGGCAUUGCUGCACCCGAAAUUGGCGUUGCUGGUUCGUCAAAUCAGCUUUCUAUGGAGAGAAGGAGGAUAAAUCCCACAGAUACCCUUCCCCAAGGGGUCCUCAUGGUGGCACAUGCUUCCCAUGUUGAACAACCCGGUCUCGGCUCGAAAUUCCCGUCAGUUUCUUCUCCUUUGUCCACCCCCCCGCCACAUCCGGACGCCGCCGCCCGCUGCCCCCGUCUGCAGGCAGGAGCCCCGCCGUCGACACACCUCCCUGACACGUGGUUGCAGCGCGUCAAGAAGGAGGUUCCCGGGGCGGACAACGCGACUGCGCGGCCCCGCGGCACCAACCCCGUGUGGAUCCUAGACGAGUCUUGUCCGUCGACGCCUUCCACCUCUGCCGGACGACGAGCCAAGCGACGGAAGCGCAAGCGUCGGCAAGAACCAGAGCACUCGAGUCACCCACAAACAGGUGGAGUGCCGCCGCCCACUGCCACGAACGAUGAGUCCCCCGCCAAGAAGAAACCCCAACCGUCAUCGGUGGUCAUGAAAGGGCUGCACGCGAUAAACGAUGUCACAGCCACGAAACCAUGCGACAGAGCGCACGACUCGUCGUCUUCUAGUCAAUCAUCGACGGUGGCUAGAUCUCCUCUUGUCAAGACUGAACAGAGCGUCGUGAACCUCCCCCCCCCCAUCAGCCACUUGGUCACUGACAAAGCCAAUAAUGGGCUGACCGAUGGACUGGCACAAGCAGCAACCACCUCAACAUCAAACGUUGCGAACGAACGACAGCAGGUCGUCGUCCCCCCCUCCCCCCAUCAGUCUAGCACCAACCACGCCAAGAAGAAGCAGAAACGACCCCCCG